AUGUCUACAGCUACAGAGACGGUAAUAAAGGAGGAUUCGACCCUCACCAACAGGUUCCACCGCUCAGGCUACAAGCGGAAUAGCCCCCUGUCAGCCAUUUCCCAGAUGGAGGAAAUGUUGAUUGAAAAAUUGGACUACUUUGUCAGUUCGAUUGAAAUCAAGUUGGACCACUUUGACUCCUACUUUAAAACAAAAAGACAAGAAAAUAACAAACUUGCCGGCCACAGCCGCAGUCGAAGAGGAAGCACGAGCUCCCUCGUCAGUUUCAGAGACGUGAGCGUCUUGAAACUCAACUUGGUUCAAGAACGGUUGAGAUUGAUCAAACAGUCGGUCUUGAGCAAAGGUUUGGAGAACUUGGACUAUUUAUACGCGUUGUUGGACGAUCAAUACAACUAUUUAUUCAGCAGCACUUCCAGUGCCAUUGACAUUGAAUCGGACGAUGACAAUGACAAUGACAAUGGCAAAAACGAUAGCACCAAAGAGCCAAAAGAACCACCAGAGUCGAACCGGGAGAUCCUUUCCAAGAAAAUCAUCAACACCAUCAGCUACUUUGACGCCAAGUUGGUCAAGAUUGACGACUACAUCAAGGAAAGAACCCCCUCGGCUGACUUUGACCUCGACACCAACGAUGCCAUCUACAACAAACUCCGCUUUUUCAACUUUAACCGGGCCUUGAAAAACGCCAACGAAAACCCUUCAGGGUUGAUCCACUACUACGAACUCCCCCUCAGCUGGAGAGAAAACAAGUACAUCAUCGAAGGCUACCGAUUUAGCUUGAAACACAGCCAAAUGCUCAAAUCAGUUUUCCAUUGGCACAACGAAACCAUGAACAUUUGGUCCCACUUGGCGGGGCUCGGCGUGGUUCUAUACCUUGCCCUCGUCAAUUUCCCGCAAAGCCUGGCAUUCCACAAGAACACAUGGGGCGACAACUUGGCCAUGUACCAAUUUCUCGCUGCUGCCAUGGUUUGUCUCGUGAGUUCAUCCGUGUGGCACACCUAUUCGUGUUUUGCCCAUUACCCCAUGCGGAAAAACUUUGCCUGCAUCGACUACACGGGGAUCACCAUUUUGAUCACUUGCUCCAUUAUAGCGGUGGAAUACUGUGCAUUGUAUAACCACCCCAAUCUCUUGUGGCUUUACAUGGGAUUCAGUUUAGCCAUGGGCUUGUUUGGUUUUUUCUUCAACUGGUCGUCGUAUUUCGACAGGCCCGAGUGUAGAAGCUUGCGGAUUGGGUUCUUUAUCGGGUUGAGUGCAUGUGGCGCCACCGCGGUGUUGUGCAAGGCCUACUACGAUGGAGUCUUUGCUGCGUUGAAAUUUUUCAUCCCGCUAACUUACAAGAGCUUUGUUUGGUAUUUGCUUGGAGUGGUGUUUUACGGUGGGUUGAUCCCAGAGAGAUGGAGAUACGAUGUGAUAAUUGAAAACAAUUUGGAGGCUAAUACGUGUCAGCACCAUUAUGGAAUUGAAGAUGUGUUGGAAGACCGAGUGGGCCAUGCAGGCCGUGAAGAAUUGGAGGAGUUGGAGUUGGAAUUGAGGGACUUGAGACAAGAACUGCAUCUCCACCACCACCACCAUCAUAACGAGACUGGAGCUCCAGCAAUUGCAGUUGAGGAAGACGUCAACGAAGCAGCAGCUGCAGUCGACGCUGAAGCCGGCAGCGCCUUGGCAUCCUCAUCAUCAUCGCAUCGGAGAUCGAGCUCGAUGUGUUUAUCAGAGAUGGACAAUGACGAUAUUCUCCACCAAUUGGACGAGAUAGACAACAGCAACAGCAACAACGACGACGACCCAGAUAAAAGUUUCCUUAUUGAAGAUGAAGACGAACGCGAGUUUAGAGAGUUGGUCAACAAGCAUUUCCGCAACGAGCCAAUCAAGACCCCCUACGCCAACGACUUUAGAAGCUUGUGGUGGGUCGAUUACGCCUUGCAGAGCCAUAACAUCUGGCACGUUUGCGUCGUGUUGGGGGUUGUGGGACAUUACUUUGUGGUUAAGCUGAUGUUUGACGAUUUACAAACUUGA